AUGCCGUGUUUUAAGGGCCUUGCCGUGAGCAUCCACACCCCGGAUGGCCCGAUCUCCGAAUAUUCCAUCCAGCGGCAGUCACGAGCGUCGCGCAUAGCGUGUUUCAUCCCGGUCCCUCCGCCUAAGGUCCCCGAUUCCUCCAAGGGCAAGCCGGAACAGUCCACCUUUGCCAUCUCAAUCACCCUCCUGAACCCCGGCCAGGAUGUCCCAUACUCCACCCCGAAGCCGACAUCCGAUUGCCCCUCCCCCAAGCCUAAGGUUGUGGGAGGGCUUCCGGGUCAGACUAGCGAGCGCGGUCAAUUCUCCGGAUCGGUCGCGCCCUACCAAGCAUUGACGAACUCCCCGAACGAGACCGUCGCGGCCUACAUUUACUUCGAUGGCAGACAGAAGGAAGAGGUGGCCACACUACUGCGUAGAGGGGAAGAGACCUGGGUGAACUCGCGCUGGGUCAGUGUGCCAGAUUCAGAAGGUGGCGGUAUAGCCGAGCGCGAGUUCCUUUUCCGUGAGGUUGGUCUCGAGCGCUGGCUCAACGGAUUAGAUCUCGAGGGUAAAGAUGCAGCGGCCAAGAUCGAGAGACGACGGCAGAAGAUGGAGAAACGCCGCGCAAAACGACAGGCCGAGAACCAAGGCGAAAUGGAAAUGGACGCCAAUGCCCCUUCAAAGCCCAAGAGCAUCAUGCGCUAUGGUAACGAUGAGAAGGCACCGCUAGAAAACGUAUCGGAUGAAGACCUGUCUUCUGAUUCCGACGAUGACGAUCCUAUCCCGGAAACUGCGGGCCAGAUUAAAGUCGCAUUGUUCCGAGUAUUGGCAUCGGGAGAGAUCAAGCGAGGUGAAUAUUCGCCACAGUUUGAUGCGCAUGACGACGACGAGGGCGGCCAAGAUAACAACGGCAACGGCGAUGCCGAUGUCGAUCAUACGACGAGCUUUGCGAAACCCAAGACCCUGGACCCUAAGUCCAUUAGCACCCAGACGGUUACCGGCAUUGACCCCACUGACAAGCCCUAUGCCAUUUUUACGUUUAUGUACCGUGGAGAACGUCAAUUGCAGAAAAUGGGUAUUUUAAAGGAUUCCAAAGCGCAGGAGACUCCGGCGAAGCGGAAGUCAAUCCAAGCAGACUUUGCCAACCUCGGCCCCCUCAAGCCUGGUGGAACAGUCGGGUUCCUCAAUUUCAGAGACCACGACUCCGAGCGGAAGGGCAAGAAGGGUGACGACGAAAUGGAUAGUGACGAUGAUGAUACAGACAAUCCAAUUCUUGGCAAGGCUGACGAUGAGGAGGCCAAGGAUGAUGACCGCUUUCUUUCCCCUGAUGACAUCAAGCGUCAAGGAGAGCUGGCGGAUGGCGUGCAACGCAUCCGGCUCAAGCGUCAGCACUCUGCUGAGCCGUUCAGUGCCAGCGGCGAGAAUUCGACUGGUACGCCGGCUUCCGGAACCACGCCUCCUGCUCCUGAACGCGCUUCUACUCCGCCAAAGCCCACCCCUGUUGCUGGGCCCUCUGAGCCUGCACAAUCCUCUCUCGACGCUACCGGGGGCUUCCUCGGAAGCCCUUUGAAAAAGCCUCGCGCAAGCGUCUCGGCGGCAGACGAGAAUGCUCUGCGACGCAGGAUUGCAGAGUCGUCAGGCCGUAUCAACGAGGUACUAGGCAGUGGCGACGACCCCAACCCUGCGAAUCCCGAGUCCUUUGGGGACAAAAUUGAUGCUCAGGCGGCCCCUGAUGCCUCGCAGAACAACGACGAAGAACUCUGA